UAUUCUGUAAUUCGUCGUAGUUUCGGUUUUGCUACGAAUCGUAGAAUUGGUAUGCUGCUGAUUAAAGACUGCGCAUUUCACUAUUUUAGUUGGCAACGCAAUUUUUGAAUUUUCGGAGCCGAGCCACGAAUUCGUAACUACGAACUUUCGGAUUACAGCAAACGGGUGUAUAUAAAAACACCACUCGCCGAAAAAGACGGCUGGUUUCACCGUCUCAACUUAAGCUCUGAUCCGAUACUUUUCGUGAAAAAUCCUGUAAAACUGUCAAACAGCAAAAUUACUCUGAAGUGAGAGUAAAAAAACGGGAAUUGACCCUCAGCCCAUAGAGUUAUAGGCUCUGAAAAAAGGACAAUGAGGCAGCUUGAUGCUCUCUAGAUCAUACACGGACCACUAGUUCGUCGCAUGUGUCACCAAGUUUGCUCCUAAGGUGGAAUGUAUUUGGAAGAUUUCUAGGGUAGACGGCGCUUUAUUUGGCCUGCUACUUUAGGGCCUUCGUAAAAGGAGUAAUGGAGAAUCGAAUAACUGUUCACCCGUUAUCACACGAUCCGACGGCAGCAUGGAAAGAGAUUUCAAAAUUUCAACGUGUUGUUAAAAUAUCAUUAAGUCGACCGCUAGCAGAAAAGGAUUCCAGAAAGGUCCGUGUCGUGUGUAUGAGUGAUACACAUUCUUUAACUUCUUAUUUGAAGUUUGAUAUACCAAAUGGCGAUAUAUUUAUUCAUGCCGGUGACUUCACUAAAUGUGGUCGACUUCAAGAAGUUAUUGAAUUUAAUAACUGGAUUGCUACACUUCCUCAUAAACAUAAAUUAGUCAUAGCGGGGAAUCACGAGCUAAGUUUUGACAAAAACUUUACAGAAUUCCUUGACGGAUCCCAUAAUAGUCGGACAAAACACACCGGACGCUUGAGUCUUGAAAAUAUGCCGAUGUUGGGGAAUCGUAGAGAGGACAUUGAAAGCGCUUUGCAAGCAAAAAAUAUUCAGGAAGUCUUAUCCCAUUGUACUUAUUUGGAGGACCAGUUAAUUAAUGUUAUGGGAAUUCGUAUAUAUGGUACUCCUUGGCAACCAGAGUUUUGCAAAUGGGCAUUUAACUUGCCCCGAGGUGAAGCGUGCUUAACCAAAUGGAAUCUUAUACCCGAUAAUGUAGAUAUAUUAGUGACUCAUACGCCUCCAGUCGGUCAUGGAGAUUUGUGUUGCUCUGGCAUACAUGCCGGCUGCGUUGAAUUGUUAAACACAGUUCAGAAACGUGUUAAACCCAAAUAUCAUGUUUUUGGUCAUAUUCAUGAAGGUUAUGGAAUUACUUCAGACGGAAACACUAUAUACGUGAAUGCAUCAACUUGUGAUAUCAACUAUAUACCUAAGAAUCCACCUAUUGUAUUUGACGUUUCCUUACCAGUUUGCGCACUUAGCGCAUGAUUCAAUAACUAAAGGUUUUGUAAUAAACUAGCAUACUCGUUCCACAUUAUAAAUCGGUUCUUAACUUGCUGGACCUUAUGCAGCGUUAUUGCUGCAUUUAAAAUGCAAUAUUUAUUUAUUUAUUUAUUACAGUCAUUUGACCUAUAUACAUUCACGUAUAUACAUUUAAAUUAUGUAUUGCAAUAUAUAAUAAAAGUAAAAUUGGGAAAAUUUUAGUU